AUGUCUUACGAAUCGACAAAAACUAGUACAAAUUCAACUGGUGGUGAAACAAUAACGAGUGAUAUAUCAUCACAAUCAGCAGCUAAUAAUUUUUAUCCAAAUAAUAAUAUUAAUAAUAAUAAUAAUAAUAACAAUAAUAAUAAUAAUACUAAUCGAACACAAACAAUGAUAAUGAAUCCAAUGUUGGGUACUAAUAAUUUUUAUAAUGGACCACCACAAGGUACAUCACCUCAACAAGUUCAAAUGCCAAAUCGUUCUAUGUAUCAAGGAUAUCCAUCGGGAUCUCCUCAUCAUCAACAACAAAUUUUAUCACCAUUUGAUACAUAUGAAUCGCGUACAAGUGGUUAUUAUUCACCAUAUAAUCAUGAGACUGGUGUUUAUGAACAUCAGCAAUCAAUAGGACGAACUUAUUAUGGAAAUUAUGGCGAUAAUCCUGUUGAGACAUCGCCAUAUCCCAUGAAAGAUGGUUCUUUAACAUCAUCAUCAAUGAAUAAUAAUAAUAAUACAGAUUUGAAUGCGACUGAUUCAACGACAACACCACAUGAUCAACAACAACAACAACAACAACAGCAAUCUGCUGGUAAUAUGGCAAUGGCAACGGCACAAACACCGCCAGGGAAUGGUGGCUAUAACAAUUCCUCCAUGAUGCCACCGCCUCAUCCAGCAUCAAAGCAACAACAACAACCACCACCAUAUGUCAACUAUUCACAGCAGCAACAAGGUGACAUGUAUAGUAGAACAUCAAAUAGUGCUAGUACACCUCAAUAUGUUCCACAAUAUUCGCAGUAUCCACCUGGAGCUACGGCAAUGAUGAAUCCACGAUCACCAGCACCAAAUACAAAUGCUUAUCGACCACCAUAUUCAUCUGGAUCUCCAUAUCAAAAUGGAAUAGCAUCAUCACCAUCACCAUCGACAUCGACAUCAGGAAAACCUACAUCUCGUUCACAACAAGUUUCACCUAAACGCUCAAAUUCACAACCAACAACACCACCACAACAACAAUCACGUUAUCCAUCUCCAUAUCCAUCCUAUUCAAAUGGACCAGUUGCUUAUAAACCAGGUGGUUCCAAUGGUUAUGCACCACCUCCAUCACAACAACAGCAACAGCAACUACCACCACAACAACACCAACCGCAGCAGCAACAACAACAACAACAAUCAACGUGGCCUCCACCACCAACACAACGUGAUGUAGUUACACCAGGUCUGGCUAGUAGUACAGGUGAUUCAGACUCGAAUUCAAGUAAUGCAUCACAACAACCUAUAUCAUAUCCACCUUCAACAAUGACCAAUGGUCCAACAACUGCAGGUUAUUCACAACCACCCUCAUCUUCAUAUAAUGCUGGUAGUGUUGGUGAUUCAACAAAUAAUAAUACCAAUAAUAAUAAUAAUAAUAAUAAUAAUAUGAAUUCAAGUGGGCAUAACUAUAUGGAUCAACAAUAUUCAAACAUACCACCACCAGGUUAUGGUUAUCCACCACAACAAAUGAAUCCAUAUGGUAAUCAUCCACAACAAAUGCAUGGUCCACCAACAAAUGAAUUUCGUCCUCCACCUGUACAACCAAUGGAUGAUGAUAAUAAUGCUUAUCGUAAUAAACCACCAUCUGCAAUGAUGGUUGAUCCUCAACAACAACAACAAUCACAUAAUGCAUCUAUUCCUCCACCUUCUGUAUCAUCAUCUCAAGCACAAUCUGUAUCAUCUUCAACAAACGGACCUAAAUCACCCAGUGGUACGAGCAUGUCAUCGUAUGUUCCUGAUGAUGCUGAUUCAAGUAAUUCAAGUUUUCCAGAUAGUCCACCACCUUCACAUGAAAAAGGUCAACAAAAACGUAAACUUUCAUCUGCAACAUCAAAUUCGCAUAGUACACCAGCAGAAGUUUUUACUAAAUUACGUGAUAUGGGUGAUGAAUCUGAACGACAAGAACGACAUAUAUUUGUUGAUCGUUUACAAAAAUUAUGGGAAGAAAAUCAAAUAGUGUGCCGUAAUUUACCUACAAUAUCGAAACAAACAAUUGAUUUAUAUCGUUUAUAUACAUGUGUACGUGAACAAAAUGGUUUUCAAGAAUUUUCAAAAGUAGCAAAAAAUCGUCAUUGGCGUGAUAUAGCAUCGAAAUUAAACAUUCCGAAUUCAUCAAGUGCAGCUUUUAAUGUUAAACAAAAGUAUAUUAAUUUAAAAUUAUUUCAUUAUGAAUGUAAAUUUGAUCGAGGAGGAAUUAAUCCUGAACCAAUAUUAGCUGACAUUGAUAAACAACAAGGAAAACGUACAAAAACGCCAAAGAAAGGAGCAAAUAAUAGUGGAACAACGACAAAUAAUAGCAAUGAUAAUACUAAUGAUAAUAAACUAGUACCUCCACAAGUACCUUCGCAAUCUCAACCUUCAGGUUUACCACUACCACCACAACCACCAUUACCAUCACAGCAACAACAACAACAGCAACCACCACCUAUUCAAGAUCCAUAUCGAGGUUAUCCACCACCUCCACAGGGUCACCCACAUCCAAUGGGUCAUCCACAACAACAACAACAAUAUCGACCUAUGCAAAUGCCUAUGCAUCCAUAUGGUGCAACUGGUAAUGAAUUACAACCACCUUAUGAUCCAUCAUCAGGUGGACAAAUGAUGUAUAAUAAUCCAGAAAUGGAUUAUCAACGUGCUGGUUAUCCACCACCACCACCAGGACAACAAUUACAACAACCUCCACAAAUGAUGAAACCACCACCAAAUGCUUAUGGUAUGCCACCGCCACCACCACAACAAGGUCAACAACCAUCAGCAUCUAUGCCACCUCAACAUCGACCACCAGGACCAUAUCCAUCAAUUGCAUCAAAACCACAACAACAGAUGACUCCUUCAUCACAACAAGAUUAUAAUUCACCACAAACAUCGAACUUAAUAGGUGCACCACCGAAUCAACAAGCACCACAUCCAUCUACAGGACCGCAACAAACAUAUCAUUAUCAACCUCAACAACCUAUACCGAGUCCUUAUCCUCCAUCUAGUUAUCAACAACAACAACAACAGCAACCACGUACAUCAAUGAUGGGCGGACCUCCACAAUCACAUGAUCCAUAUUUAUCUCAACAAGUUCCACCUAAUCAAACAUAUCCAAAUCCAAAUCAAGCAAAUUAUCCUUAUAAAAAAGCUGAAAAUUCUAUAACAACAGAUUCAUCAAAUCUUGACAAUCAAGAUUCAAAUAAAGGAAAUAAAUUAUUAAUGAAUCAACUUCGUUCAACAUCUUCAAAUACAUCUAUGCUUUCAACAUCAACACCUAUUUCUAUUUUAACUUCUUCAACAACACCAACAACAAAUUCUACGUUAACACCAACAUCAAUUCCAACACCUAAUUUUCCACCAAAUUCUGUUGAAGCAACAACAAUACCUUCGAAAAUUAAACGUAAAAAAUUAACUGCAAAAGACGUUACUCCAGUUGAUCCAUGGAAAUUAAUGAUGUCUUUACGUGGUGGUUUACUUGCUGAAACAACUUGGGCAUUAGAUACAAUAAAUAUAAUGUUAUCUGAUGAUCAAACUCAUACAUAUUUUCGUUUAAAACAAAUGCCUGGUUUAUUACAAGCUAUUGUUGAUAUAUAUGUUAAAUGUUUAACACAAUUAUUUGAUGAAUUUCAAAAUUCACCAUCAAAUAUUGAAAAUCAACAACCAUCAUUAAAUGAUUUAAAUGGUUCAUCACAUUUAACAUGUACAACUAUAAAAAAACAUGAACAUAGACAACAAGAAUCAAUUAUUUAUCGUGUAGAAUCAAAUUCAUUAAAUAAAUAUAAACGAAAAUAUAAUAAAGAACAAUCAAUUGUUUAUGAUCGUGUUUAUGAUGAACAAGGAAAUGAAAAAAAAGAUCCAACAAAUGUAUUAGAUUUACAAAAUACAAAUGAUUUAUGUUUUAUAAAUACUCAUUUUGAUCCUAUACGUUUGGAUGAUAAUUAUUAUGAGAAACUUUAUUAUGGUCAUCGUCUAGAUGAUAUAUCAACUGAUGAACAUGAUCAAGAACCAAUAAAAAAAUGUCAAAAUAUAUCACGUAAACGUAUAAAAACAUCUGAAGAUGAUAUAUCAUGUGAUGAAAUGUCAAUAUUGGAUAAUAAUCCAAAACGUCGUCGUCAUAAUUCCGAUUCAUUAAUAGAAAUCUCAGAUAGUAAUAAAGCAUUUCUUCAACGUUAUAAACGAAAAUUUGAAUAUGAUGAACGACAGACAUAUGAACUUUAUUCUGGUAUAUGUUCAUCAUCAUCAAUAACAACAAAAUCAAAUCAUACAAAAGAUUCUGAUUCAUGUACAAAUUCAAGUGAUCAACAAGAGAAUGUUUCAUCAUUAUUUACAUAUCAUUCACUUGCUUAUGAUCAAAUAUGUGCACGUUGUACUUGUGUAUCAUCUAUUUUACGUAAUCUCAGUUUUAUAUUGGGCAAUGAUAUUGAAUUAGUCAAAUCUAAAACAUUAAUUGGUUUAUUAGCUCGUCUUUUAUUACUCAGGCAUCGAGUUAAUGACAAUUAUAUGUCAGAUAAUCAAACAUCUCUUAAUGAAACAGUAGAUCAAGAUGAAUUAAAAAAUUCUGAACAAAAAUCAUCACCAUCAUUUUCUUGGGCAGAAUGUGUAUUAAAUAUACGUGACAAUACUCUUGUUACAUUGGCUAAUAUUGCUGGUACACUUGUACUUGAUACAUUUGAUUCGGAUUUAUUAUAUACAUUAAUUGAUGGUCUUUUACAUUGGUCAACAUGUUAUUCUGGUGAAGCUAUUGAUUCAUUACAUUCAUCAUUAAUAUCAGCACAACGUUUAUCUAUUGAAAUUUUAACAAAAUUAAGUGUACAUGAAAUGAAUAUGGAUUUUAUACUUGCUACACCACCAUUUUAUCGUAUUGUAUCAUUAUUUCAUGUUUUAACUGAUUGGUUAAUUGUUGAUGAAAUCAAUGGUGGUAUAUCAAAUUGGCAUCCACCACCAAUAACAUCAUCAACACAUUAUUAUCCAACUUAUUCUCGACCACGAACACAUAUUCAACGUGAAUUUGCUAUUGUUUUAUUAAAUGCAUUAGUACGAUGUGAUUCAUUAGCUGCUAGUGUUAUUGCACAUAUACCAUAUGCUAUAUCAUUAUUAAUAAAUUUUUUAGAAGAUUAUGAAAUGAAAACAAAUGAAUUAAUGGCACGUUAUGGUCCAGAUUAUGUUAUACGUCUUACAACACAACAAUCGAAUGCUCAACAUGCUGAACAAAUUUUAUUUACAACAAGUGAUAUGUUAAAACGUGCAGCAACAUGUUUACUUUCAAUAGUUAGUUAUACGGAUAAUAUUAAAAUGAUGAAACGAUAUGAAGAUCGAAUUUUAAAUUUAUCUACUUCACAUGUUAUUGAUUCAAAUGUUGGACGUGUUCUUACAGAUGUUUUGCACUAUUGUUCAUUGCACAACAGUUGA